UUGUGGCUUGGAGGACAGAGAGAGAGAGAGAGAGAGGGGGAGAGAGGAAAAGCCACAAUGGAAAGGGAACAGAACACAAAUAACAUGGCAUAACGGGGAGCUCAGUGAAGCUUUCUUAAUGAUGGUCAGAGAUGGGGGUGAGGAUAGUGAGCCGAGCGCUUGACGGUCACUGCAAGGCUACAUGAGUUUCGUGCGUGGAGAUAUUUGUGCAAAUGGAUCCACCAGGGACUAGCUGUAACCAGAGCCCAUGUGCGGCGUGUGUGACAUGCAACGGGGAUCAUGAGCUACCUUACGAGCAGUCUCCAGAGUCUAAGCUCCUUCAUCAUCAUGAUCGCCAUCAUCACCAUCAUCAUCAUCAUCACCUCCCCCAUCACCCUCCCACCGGACGCGCUCUGCUCUGGACGGCGGUGUUUGAAUACGAGUCCACAGCGGAAGAGGAGUUGACCCUCCGGAGAGGAGACCGGGUGGAGGUGCUGUCGAAGGACGUCAAUGUGUCGGGAGACGAGGGCUGGUGGACGGGCAAGAUCGGGGACAAAGUGGGGGUCUUCCCCAGUAACUACGUGAGCAGCGAUCCCGAUUACAGCGAGUUGCCGGCUGCCCAGGACUACCCCCUACCCCCGGUCAUCGACUUCAAUGAGCUGGUCCUGGAGGAGAUCAUAGGGGUGGGGGGCUUUGGCAAGGUCUACAGGGGAAGCUGGAGAGGGGAGGAGGUGGCGGUCAAGGCCGCAAGGCAAGACCCGGAUGAGGACAUUGGCGUGACAGCCGAGAACGUCAGGAAGGAAGCCAGGCUCUUCGGGAUGCUCAGGCACCCCAAUAUCAUAUCGCUGAAAGGGGUGUGUUUGCGGGAGCCUAACCUGUGCCUGGUGAUGGAGUUUGCGCAGGGAGGAGCGCUGAACAGGGCCCUUUCGGGCAGGAAAGUGCCUCCGCACGUUCUGGUCAACUGGGCUGUUCAGAUCUCCAGGGGCAUGGAUUACCUCCAUAAUGAAGCCAUCGUUCCCGUCAUCCAUCGAGAUCUCAAGUCCAGCAACAUCCUGAUUCUCCAGGAUGGGCCGGGGGCGGGGGUGGGGGGGGGGGAGGGGGAGGGAGAGGACUUGGCCGGGAAGACGCUGAAGAUCACGGAUUUCGGACUCGCUCGCGAGUGGCACCGGACAACGAAGAUGAGCGCGGCUGGAACCUAUGCCUGGAUGGCCCCCGAGGUCAUCAAAUCCUCCCUGUUCUCCAAGAGUAGCGACGUGUGGAGUUUCGGUGUGUUGCUGUGGGAGCUGUUAACCGGGGAGUUACCUUACCGCGAUAUCGAUGGCCUGGCCGUGGCUUAUGGUGUCGCAGUGAACAAGCUGACAUUACCAAUUCCCUCCACCUGCCCCCAACCCUUUGUCGACCUCAUGGAAGGUUGUUGGAGCUCAGACCCUCACUCCCGACCGGGUUUUCCUGAGAUCCUGGAGACGUUGGUGGUUAUCGAGAGCUCCUGUGUCUUCCAUUUGCCCCUCGAGUCUUUCCACUCACUACAGGAGACCUGGCGCCUGGAGAUCCAGCUCAUGUUCCUCCAACUCCGCACCAAAGAGAAGGAGCUGCGGAGCUGGGAGGAGGAGCUGACACGAGCAGCCGUGCAGCAGAAGACGCAGGAGCAGGAGCUGAGACGCCGGGAGCAGGAGUUGGCAGAGCGUGAGAUUGACAUCGUGGAGAGAGAGUUACACAUCAUUAUGCGGCAACUGAACCAGGAGAAACCGCGGGUCCACAAGCGCAAGGGACACUUCAAGAGGAGCCGCCUGAAAGCCAGAGACGCCAACCGCAUCAGCCUACCGUCAGGUUUUGAGCACAAGAUCACUGUUCAGGCGUCGCCCACUGUGGACAAAAGGAAGGGGCCGGGCGUGGAGGGCAGCCCCCCAGCGAGCCCCAUCCUCAUCCCCAGGCUCCGCGCCAUUCGCUUGACCCCUGGGGAAGGGGCUCAGACCUGGGGACGUUGCGCAGUGUACAAACGGGAGGAAUUCGAGGGCAACAAGAAGAGAGGCCGAACGUGGGGCCCAAGCUCCACCCAGAGCCGAGAGCGACAGGGCGGAGAGGAGAGACUAAAGACUUUGGGUGAUGGCUGUAAACUGUGGUCGUCCAGUGCCCCCAAUCUGGGCAAAUCCCCCCGACACUCAGCCCUGCCCGGAGGGUUCCCCAGCCUCACCAGCAUGGAAACGCGGAGCGUGGGCGGAGAGCAACCCCACUCUCCGAGCCGCUGGGAGCCGGAGGUCACCGAGGGGCCGGGUGGGGGCUGUGGGGGUCCGGUCAACAGCCCCCGGCGCCCCACCCAGCGCAGGCGAAGUGACUGUGUGCUGCUGGCCUGCUCCGCCCUUCUGGCUUCAGUGGCCCUUGGCUAUGACCUGACAGAACAUGGCCGACACCAGGACGAGCAGGAGAAGAGGAAGAAGGAAGGGUUAUUCCAACACACACCCCGACUCCGCCCCAUCUGUAGCCCCCCGGGGCGCUGGGGGGUAAAGAGGGAAGACUCCAUCCUCCCCACGUCGGACCCUUCCCCCGUUACCCUCCUCUCCCUCUCCUCUCUCUCCGACUGCGCCUCCACUCGCUCCCUCCUGUCCUCCGAGAGCGGGGAGACCCCCUGCGCUUGGAGGGAGACCUCCCCCCCGGCGUUGCCCCCAGCUCCGGCCCCAGCCCCCAACCCUCUGGUGGACCUGACAGCCGAGAGCUUCAAGAGGGACCCUGGGCAGUCGCUGACCCCUACCCACGUCACUUUGGCCGCAGCUCCGCCUCGUCGCACGCACAGGAGGGUCCCGUCUGAAGGGGCCAUCGUCAAACCCCAGAGUCAGACACACGUCCACCGCAGACUGCAGUCAGAUAGCAACGCACAGCGACUACACACAGGUUUUCCCACGGAUUGGGAAACCCCUUCUGUCCCGGAUUCAGAUGUCAUUCCACGCCGGAAGCCCCCAGAACAGUCCGGAACGCCAGAGAGACCGAAGACGCUGGAGUUCGCCCCACGUCCCCGGCCCCCGCCCUGCCCCGCACGACCCCGGAUCGACCCCCGGCGUCUGGUCUCCUUCACCAGGACCCGCAGCUCCUCACCAGCCAAUGGCGCUGGGGGUGCUGAGACGCCGAGUGGCGGGGAGAACGGGAGCUCCCGUUACCGUUCCCGUUCCCAUUCCCGUUCCCGCCACCAAGCCGAGUCUCUGCUGGAUGCGGAUCUGGCAGGUCAGACACAAGACACGACCCCCUCGCUGUGUGGGAGGAGUUUCCCCCAAAGUCAGGACUCGACCAGCAGCUGGAAGCCCGGGAACACACGGUGAGAACUGCGGUGAUCACGGGAAAGGGUCCGAUUAGCUCCACGUCAACUGAACAACAGCAACUUGCCAGCCGUGUCUCGCAGCCUGACUCUGAGCU